CGUCCACCUGCCUUCGGACAGGGAGAACAUCGCAUUCAUCGAGUUCCUCCUUCAAGAGGCGCGUCGCCUCCUUCCUGACUUCGGCCUUGCGGAGAGCGUUUCCCCCGGAUUGACGGGGCUCGGAGCCUUCAGUGUGGACAUCACGGAAGGCGUGAAGGAGGAUGCUGCGAGGUAGCCAUCUCUUGACUCUCUUUCUCUCCCUUCCUCCCUCCCUCCGCUCCACUCCUUACCACUCAUGCUGAUACCCCUCCUAACCAUCACCGUCACUCUACUGGGGCAGUUUCUUAUCAUGUACCCGAUCGCCCAGCACGUCGACGUCGUCUCAUUCGCCCCUACGGUCAUGGCCUCCCUCUCCAUUGCCAUGGGGAUCGACUACUCCCUAUUCCAACUCACCAGGUUCAUGGACGGGGUGGCGGCGGGGAAGGACCUGUUCAACGCCGUCUGCCUCAUGACCGAGAGCGCCGGCUACAUCAUCCUCGUCAGCGGCUCCACCCUCUGCGUCUCAUUCCUGGGCCUCGUCUUCCUCCCCAUGGAGAUCCUUCGGUCCUUGGGCCUCGCCGCCUCCAUCACCAUCCUGACGGCCCUCUCCGUCAAUCUCACCCUCCUCCCUGCCCUCCUCCUCGUCCUAGGGCCCGCCCUCCUCGCGGCAGAUGCCUGGAUGAAACGGGGAUGGGCAAGGGGGAAAGCGGCCCUGUGGGGAAGGAGGGGGAGGAGGAAGGGGAGGAGGAAGGGGGCGGGUAAAGGAGGUUGGGAAGCACCGCUCCUGGAAGGCGCGACGGACAAGGAAGAGAAGGAGCAACGCGUGUGGAAGAAGGAGGAGGCGAUGGAGGAGAACAGCGAGGAAAUGGACGAUGGUGGCUACGACUGUGACGAGUCGGCGCCCCUGAAGAAAGGCUGUUGGCUCGGAUUGGCCAGGUUAGGGGAAGGGAGGGAGGGGACGGAGAGGGAAGUCGAUGGAAGCAUCGCGUUCAUCUCCCACAAACCCUACGGCCUUGGUGCCCUCCUCCUCCUUCUCGCCCUGGCUCUUCCCGUUGCGGUGCAACUUAAGGACAUGGAAACAAGCGGUAGGAGGGCGGAAAAGAAAGAGAUAGAGCGCGCUUGUGGUGGAUUUAAGCCUUAUGAUGUUAAGGGCACAUAUAUUGAAUUCGACCUCAUGCUCCCCUUUGGCUCGGGCUCCUACAACACGCUCGAAACGAUUUCCUCCAACUACGGAGGGGCGGGCGUCGUCUUCCCCUACAAAGUCAUUUUUAUUGACAGUGAGGAUAUCUUCACUCCUCAAAGCUACGCCGCCAUGAACCAUGUCCUCGCAUCCCUGGUAGAAAGCGCGCCGCCGCUUGAGCUAAUGGACGUGACUGGGAUCAUGGUCUUGGGGGGGCAGGUAGGCAAGAAGGGAGGGAGGGAGGGAGGGAAAGAGGGAGGGUCGGAGCGGCGCCGCGACGCCUUGAACUGGUCCAUCCGCUCGUUUAUAGACUCAAACGAUGAGAAACAAUGA